AUGGCCUCAUCGAUGGCCGCAAUAGAACAAACCGGACCUUCGUACGAGCAGCGUCUUGCCCUCUCGCGCGUUCUGCUUAGCCUAUUCAGAUUGAUUGAUCAAGAUGUGGUCUUCAACGCUAAGGCGAGGGACAACGAAGGGUCGGCGAUGGACCUCGAUGAGGGCGAAAUCCAGCCACACUCUGACAUGGACCGCGAGGAAGAUUCCCAGCACCCAGAAGAGCUAACCAUGCACAUCGUGCUCGCUGAUGCAUUGCAGUAUCUACAAGUUCGAAAACUAGGCGUCGUCAGAAGCCCAAAUGCCCGAGGAUACUCUUGGGACGAACUUGUCACAUCUCUCAAGGAACAUCUGUCGCCCGCCGUGAAUAACCAAGGGUAUUACGGAGUGGAGCGCGCAGUGAGAAUAGUUCUUGUGCAGAUAGAGAAGGGAGUCUGGCCGAUCGAGCCCAUAGCGCGGUACGAACGCAGCACUGACACUGACGGUAGGUAUGUUGACGCGAACGCGACAAGCAGUGUGGAAGACAGCACGGAAAGCGACCUCUCUGCCGAGAGCGACGGUCUAGUUUGCCCUCUCGAGACCCAGAACUUCACAAGGCCCGUCCCGAUAAUGCGACCGCUAGGUGUCGUUGCUACUGUUUGUACCAAGCCCCGUGCAAUGAGCACAUCUCCAACGGAGAGUAAUUGCUCCAUCACGCCGAGUGAAAGCGCCUCGCAAGUAGAUAGCAGAGAGCAUCGCGGGAGACGAUAUCGCAACCCGACAAUGACAUGA